CACUCGCAGAGUUGUCAUGGCGUCUUUGGGACCGAAGCUGCUGCUGAAAUUUAGCUAAAAUCUGUCGACAGCCUGCAAAUCAAAAUGGAGAAAAAUGCAAACCUGCAUCGAGACACUGAUGGGAGCUCGUUGUGUGCCACGAUUGCGGGCAAGAUGGGCGAUGUUUCGGCUGUUGGAGGAGUGAAAGGAGCAGCCGAGAAAUGCAAGAAUAGUGAGGCUGCUCUCAGUACUUUGGUUAACGUUAGUUGCAAUAACAGCACCACAAAUGUUGGUACUCCUAGCGCUGUUAAUGUCACAUCCAGUGCUGGUAAGUCUAACUUGACAGAGGUGAUCGAAGUCCUUUCAGUGCAGGAGGAGGAGGACAAGAAGAAGAAGGACACUGAGGCUAGCGGAUCGUUGUCGGGGUCCGGGGAUCGGAUCAGUAACGGGAUGGGGCAUAACUCGUUGCUGGGUGUAGGAGAUAGCGAGGGUGGUGCCUCAAAGUUAGUAAACAACAAACCCGACGGCCCGUCCUCACCUCCCUCUAAGGAGAUUACAGAUGUGCAGGCUGAGGUUUUGGUUUGUGGAGAAAGUGAAUCGACAAAACUUGUCAAACCGACUCAUCUUUGUCCGGACAAUGUAACCACAGCGCACGGCAAGUCUGGACUGUCCGGGGAGCACACCUUAUCGGAGGGAUUGCCGAGUGGGAGUGACCCCGAUCCCAGCCUCGGAGGAGAGUCCAGAAGCAUAGAUUCACUCGAGUCUUUCUCCAACCUGAACUCCUGCCCCAGCUCCGACCUGAACAGUGAGGGGCUGGAGGACGGAGGACUGGCCCUGGCCCUGAAGAACGAAUACGGGGCCGAUGGAACAAAGACUGCGUGCGCUAAGGACCGGGCCGCCGGCCAGUCCAUAUACCACAUUAAGUGGAUCAAGUGGAGGGAGGAGAACACGCCGAUCAUCACCCAGAACGAGAAUGGUCCCUGUCCAUUACUGGCAAUUAUGAACGUCCUGUUGCUUGCAUGGAAGGUUAAGAUGCCUCCCAUGAUGGAAAUUAUCACUGCUGAGCAACUGAUGGAGUAUCUUGGGGACUACAUUCUGGAAACCAAGCCUAAAGAGAUAUCGGAAGCCCAGCGGCUAAACUAUGAGCAGAACAUGAGCGAUGCCAUGGCAGUGUUGCACAAGCUGCAGACAGGUCUGGAUGUGAAUGUCAAGUUCACAGGGGUGCGAGUCUUCGAGUACACCCCAGAAUGCAUCGUAUUUGAUCUGCUGGACAUCCCUCUCUACCACGGCUGGCUGGUUGACCCCCAGAUGCAUGACAUUGUCAAGGCAGUGGGCAAUUGCAGUUACAACCAGCUGGUGGAGAAGAUAAUAUCCUGCAAACAGUCUGAGAACAGUGAGCUAGCAGGGGAAGGCAUCGUUGCAGAGCAGUUUCUGAGCAGCACAGCCACACAGCUGACCUAUCAUGGCUUAUGUGAGCUCACAUCCACUGUGCAGGAGGGAGAGCUCUGUGUCUUUUUCAGGAAUAACCAUUUCAGCACCAUGAUCAAAUACAAGGGCCAGCUGUACCUCCUGGUCACUGAUCAAGGUUUCCUGACGGAAGAGAAGGUAGUCUGGGAGAGUCUACACAAUGUUGACGGAGACGGCAACUUCUGCGAUUCCGAGUUCCGGUUGCGACCUCCUUCUGAUCCAGAGACUGUAUAUCGAGGACAGCAGGAUCAGAUAGACCAGGACUAUCUGAUGGCCCUGUCGUUGCAACAGGAGCAGCAGAGUCAGGAUCUACAGUGGGAGCAACUCCCAGAAGGCAUCAGCGACCUGGAACUGGCCAAAAAGCUGCAGGAAGAAGAGGACCGACGAGCAUCGCAGUACUACCAGGAGCAAGAGCAGGAGCAGGCGGCUGCAGCAGCAGCACAGGCACAGCAGGGCCAGCAGGAGCCUGCUGAGGUAGACGAGUUAGACAGAGGAGGUGCAGGAGGAGGAGCAGCAGGCGGCGCAGGGACGGCGGCAGCAGCCGGAACCACGGCCAGCCCGGGAAAACAAUCCUCAAGCAGCGAGCGCAAAGCCAAGAAAGAAUCGAAGGAUAAAGACAAAUGUGUUAUUUUGUAACAUACAGCGUGUCUGUGUGACUGUGCGUGAGUGUUUUGUGCAUUUGCUUUUCUGUGAGAAAGGGGACGCGACCCCCCCUACUCGGCAACAAAUAAGGGAAGGAGACACUUGAGGAGGGGACGCGACAAGACUAACAGAGGAUCUGCUGCUCCCAAACCACUGGUGCCUGCUAUCCUCUAUCCUCAGUAGAACCUGGACACCAGAGGAAGGGACACUACAACGACAACUACCCCUGUAUCUUUCAUAGAGUCAGCCAAACUUUGUUACAAGUUGCACAGUGCACUAUAUUUGUGAUGUGGGGUGGUAUGUUUUAUAGCAAGACACAAUCUGAAGAAACAAAACAUCACACUCAACAUUUUUUAAAUGAUUAAUUUCAUUCAUUUUCAUUUUUUGCAGCUUAUAAGCUUUUUGUUGUACUUAUCAAUAUUUACAAAACGUAUAUAUAUGGAAAGACACAAUCUUUUGGUUUCAGUUGAGUUUUUUUAAGUAAGCUGUUGAUGCCAAGAUUCACAUUUUAAGUUUGUAUCCAUGUAAGAGGAAUAUUUUGGGAGAGGUUUAUUUCUUCUGUGAGCUGAGAGGGGUUUUCUCUGUUAGAAAUCAUUGUAACAGUAUGUUUUCCCCUGUGAAACACUAUGUUCUGAAGGGUGAAUUAACACCAGAUAGAUGCCAGAUACUGUGGCUACAGUGACAGUACUCAUCACAGUUUGCCCUGUUCAGAUUUGCCUUACCAGAGUAUGGCGGUGUUGUAUUCUGCUCUGUUUGAAUGUGUGUGGUAUGUACAGUACAUGUGUGCUAUGUGGUAUAACAGCAUGUUUAAACAUGUCUCAUUUACUUAGCAUCACUGAUGUAACAGAUUUCAUUUUGGAAAUAGCCAAUUUUUUGUAGUGCUUAAGCUACAAAUUGGAGACAUUAAAUGUCUUUUUUUGUUUUUCAGAAAAACAUUCUUGGGACAGUCAAGCUGAGAAUUAUGUUGCAGGAUUGAACUGAGGAAAUGUGUCCGAGUCUGUAUAUUGGUAGGAGAUCAACCCUGAGAGUAUAAGGUGGUUCUGGGAGGCCCUUUUUUCCCCCCUUUUCACAGGCACUAUCAUUAACUCCUUUCUUAGUUUUUAUAUGUUAGAGUUUCACUGCAGCAAAGUUUUUGAGAGACAUGCCACAAAAUUCUGUCUUUUGCUUGUAAUAUUACUCUAAACGUGGAGAAAAAAAAGCUCAUGAAAUAUUUGAGAAACUUUUCCCACAGCCAAACUGCAAAUCUGUGACUUCAAGAUAUACAACAGUGAUUAGGUUUUAAGCUGCAGCCGUGCUAAGUUGAUGCUUCACUCCUUGUCCUCAACACUUUUACAUAAAACAUGUCCGAUAUAUGUUAAGACAGUGAGGCCUAAAGGUUGAUAUUGACAAACGGAUCUGUCCUGGGGUUAUGUAUCCUGAAACUGAUAUUGUUUGGUAUCACCUUUUGACUUUUGUGCAUUUCACUGCAGCUUCUUGAAAGUUCAAACACAUGAUGUACAUAUUUCCCUAACGCAUUCUUAUAAUGGCCUGUGCCAUUAUCGUACCAUGGGACUGCCUCCUGAGAAACUUUUCUAUCUAUACAUUCCAAUUGGAUGCCUUGACUCAAGCCUUCUGUUACAGACUGAGGGACAACAUGUGUGAGGAGAUUGCUUGUAAAGGGGUAUCUGUUACUUUUUGUUCAGCAAGAACAAAAGUCAGGACAGGUCAGUGACAUGUAGGCAGCAGGCCUUCAUAUUGUGUGGGAAGCCUUUGUUACGGGCAUCAUGUUUGUGUCGCUCUAAGGCUUUGUUUUUGUACAUAUACUAUAAACAUGUAAAUCGCCUUAAUACAUUUCAACAUACUUUAUAGGACAAAAGAUAACAGGCGUAUUUUCAGACUGAGACAAUCCCCGUGUUUCCACAUGAACAUCAGAAAUACUCUCAGGCCUCUUCUGAAGGAACAAAAAUCCUCCAGUGUCUUUUAUGUACCGGCACAGUUCCUCGGCCUGUCCUCACUUUGUCCGUCACAUUUUGAAUAAUCUAUGUAUCCAUGUAACUUUGUUGACGCUUGGGAGCACAGGAGCAGGCAGCAGCAGCAGCUUGUUGAUUUUAACACUAGAACUAAGCUGCUCUUCUCGUGUUAACUUGGACUACUUGAUGAAAAAUAAAAGCCUCUAUAGAUAGAGUUAAGGAAGAAUUGUUAAUUAAUUAUGGACACUUUUCAUUGAAUUCUAAGCAGUUUUUUCCCCAUGCUGCUGAUAUAAAUAACACAUAUUUAUAAGGUAUGAGCGAGAAGGUAGAGGGGAGACUUUCUGGCAACAUAAUGCUUUUAUUUAGUUUUAAGUUUCACGUCAUUUAUGUUGUGGCUCCUUGAAGUGAAAAUGCUGAGAAAGGAAACUUCACAUGGGCCAGUUUGAGCUGAUCUGGAAAUGUAUGUGUUUAGGUGUUAAUAUGAGUGAAAAGAGUGCAGUGUCACAUGCCACACAAUUUUAAUAUAAUUAUUAUUUCAGAUGUACUACUGUGCAUUAGCUUUCUAUCCCUAGUCAUUACUACCAGAUUGAACAUUUUUGUUGUAGCGUGUUUGUUUCACCCUAGUUCCUAAGGUGAAUUGAUCAGAAAGAUAUCGUGUUUUCAGUGUCUCCAAGUGGUUGCUUGUAUGCCUUGUAAAAGUGAUGGUGGGGUAAAUACUGUAAAAAAAAACAAAAAAAAACUAGUGUUUUGACAAGGUGGUCGUUGGGGGAAAAAAAGUAGUUGUUGUAAUUGGUUUUUGCACUGUUACAUUGAUAUGCACUAACAGAAGAGAAACAUACCUCAUUUUAUACAGAACAUAAAUUGUGCAGGAGUGCUAUUGUUCUUCGGGUAUCUUUGAAGAACUGAAUAAUGGCCACAAGAAUGAUCUGAACUUGGGGGUGGUAGAUUUAGCAAGCUGAGUAAUAUGAACUUGUAAAAGUGUGAAAGGGCUGUUUAAUUGUUUUGGUUUAAAAUGAAAGAGUACAUCUGUUAACAAUAGAACCACUUCAAUAGAACUUGCUGCAAUUUGAUAUAUUCAGGUUAGUGGUACACCUAUACCAGGCAAAAAGCCAAAAGUGCAGAGGCCUGAGAACCAGCAUGCAGCUCAUCAAUCAGGAAGAGAUGAAUUACAAUAUUAAAACAUGCUAUUUGAAUUGUCCAAACAAGAGCAGUUUUUGUACAAAAUAAAAUAAUGAGACAACACUGGUACACGGCCCGCUCAGCAAAAAAGGUGUAGGUGCACCCCUAAUUCAGGUUAUUUUUCCAGAGUCCAUGUUUUAACUACGCUCAAACUUUUACACCAAAACAGGCAAGAAGGCUCCUCCAUAAGGCUCGAGUGUCGUCAUCUAUGUAGCACAGGAGGGAAAUGUUCAUUCUUUUUGUAGGAGACACACAUCCAGACUGCUGCACAAUCUAAAGGGAGACAUUUUCUUUCAUGCAAAAUAUCAAGACUCCCAGAUUUUACUUUGUGGUGCAUGUAGAGUGGACUUACAUUUUAUUAUCGAUUCCCGAAAGAAUUUUAUUUCCUUUGUACGGCCCAUUGUGUUUAUAUUUCACAUAAAACAUACAAGCAAAACAAUGUUUGUGAAUAUGGGAGGUUACUCAUUUGUGUUGUUUCAAUGUUCAUCUAUUUACAUAAAUGACCAAAUAAUGUAUGUAGCCUUUCACAUUACAGUCACAUAAUGUAUGUGGUGAUAUAUAUAUAACAAAAUGCCUUAUAGACGAGGGACAUUCAACCUGAUUAGAAGUACCAGGAUAAUAAAAGUCUAAGAUUAAUAA